UUUACAACCACAACAAACCUAAUGUUUCUAGUUCGGCUAAAUCUUUAAUAUUUCAAUAAAUACCACCAGCAUGCCUGCAUACAAACUUGUCUAUUUUGAUAUUAGAGGAAGGGGCGAAAUUGUUCGUCUUUGUUUCCUUAGCGCUGGUGUCAAAUUUGAAGACGCAAGAAUAGACUUUUCUGAAUGGUCUGAAAAGGUUAAAGAAGCUUCGCCAUUUGGUCAGCUCCCGUACUUGGAGAUAGACGGAAAGAAGUAUGCUCAAUCUACAGCCAUAGCUAACUAUAUUUCUAGAGAAUUCGGUCUAUAUGGUGACAAUUCUCUUGACAAUUUAUCUAUUGAUGGUAUUGUGGCAUUAACAGUAGAUUACUUCGACGCGUGGGUAAAAUCACAUUUUGAAAAAGAUGCCAACAAAAAGGUAGAAUUACAAGCUAAGUUGAAAAAUGAAGAUUUACCAAAAUUCCUCGGACAUCUAGAUAAAAUCUUAACAGAAAACAAAUCAGGAUUUUAUGUUAGAAAUAGGUUAACACUAGCAGAUCUUGCCGUCUAUCAUACUCUGGACAAUCCACAAAGAGAUUACCCCGAAGUCUACGCACAAUAUCCAAAAGUGGUUGAGCAUCGUAAAAAAAUUGCAUCGCUGCCGCGGUUAGCACCUUACUUGUCUUCAAGGAAAGUGACAGAGUUAUAACCCAAAAUAUAACAGAAAUGAUCUUUAACAUAUUAUUGUCAGCGGCUUCUCUUUUUUUUUACUAUUCGAAAUGUCUCAAUAAACGACUUUUAAUAUC